AUGACACAAUCCCGCUUGUCACUCCUGUUCCUCUACCUUUUGUUUUCACCACGAUAUGCUUCCUCACUUUCAUUCAGCCUCAACUUCACCAAGACCACAAGGGACCCCUGCGGCGACGAGCUCGUGUGCGAGGGCGACUCGAUCUUUUCAAACUCCACAAUCGAGCUGACAAGAAAAAGCCAUGUCGCGAACAGCUACGAUGGCCAAGGCCGGGUGUGGUACGGGACUCCGGUGCCACUGUGGGAUCCCGUCACCGGCGAGGUAGCAAGCUUCACCACCGCCUUCUCCUUCAAGAUCACGCUGAGCCCGAACAGCACUCGAUGGGCCGACGGGAUGGCCUUCUUCCUCGCGCGUUACUACCCGAACAGCAGCGUCCUUGCCACCGGUGCCGGCGGCGGGCACCUCGGCCUCUUCACCUUGAACAACCACUUCAACGCGACCGGCGACUACCGGGUCGUCGCCGUCGAGUUCGACACGUUCCUCAACGUAGGGUGGGACACCAGCGACGAGCACGUCGGCAUCGACGUCAACUCUCUCAGGUCGGAGGCGUUCGUGGACACGGCCUCGCCGGGAUUCAAGAACCGGACACAUGAUUCCGCCAUGACCGCCACGGUCCACUACGACAGCCGGACGAAACUGCUAGCCGUCGACCUCCAAAUCGACGACACCUUGUACCAUGUCAACACGACGGUUGACCUCAAGCGGGAAUUGCCGCACACGGUGGCCGUCGGCUUCUCGGCAUCGACCGGCUUCGGCAACGAGCUGCACCAGCUGCUGGCCUGGUCCUUCAACUCCACGCUCGAGAAUACCUCGGAACAACCCUCCUCGACCUCGACCAGCAAGUCGAUGCUACUCAAGGUACUUGUCCCUGUACUCGUCGUGUCGGCCUGUGCGAUCGUGGGUCUCCUCCUGUGGUUGUGCCUGACGAAACUAAGAAGGAUGGGCGAGCCGGAAGCGGAGGAGGUGCUACGCUGUGAGGCUGAGUUCGAGAAAGGGCUGGCGGGGCCAAGGCGGUAUCUGUACCGUGAGCUCACGGCCGCAACGGGCAACUUCGCAAAGGAGAAUCUCCUCGGGCGAGGAGGUUUUGGCAGUGUGUACAAGGGCCAAAUCCUGAGCAGCAGAUUCGAUAAUCAAGGCCAGCAGCUUGUAGCCGUCAAGAAGUUCUCCUUGGAGUCCUCUCAGGGGAGGAAGGAGUUUGAGGCGGAGGUGAUGAUCAUCAGCCAGCUGAGGCACCGCAACCUCGUGCAGCUCUUGGGCUGGUGCGAUUGCCUUAAAGGGCUCUUUCUCGUCUACGAGCUCGUGCCGGAAGGAAGCCUAGAUAAGCACAUCCAUAACAACGAGAGAUUGUUAACUUGGCCCGUGAGGUACAAGAUCAUUUUGGGAUUAGCGUCAGCGCUACGCUACCUGCACCUGGAUUGGGAGCAAUGCGUUGUGCACGGCGACAUCAAGCCAAGCAACAUCAUGCUCGACUCGUCGCACAGCACCAAGCUGGGUGACUUCGGCCUCGCCCGGCUCGUCGACCACGGGACCUGCCCGCGAACCACGGAGUUCAUCCAAGGCACCGUCGGAUACAUCGACCCGGAGUUCGUCAACACGCACCGGCGGACCACCGAGUCGGACGUCUACAGCUUCGGCAUCGUCCUGCUGGAGAUCGUCUCCGGCCGGCAGCCGGUGUACCAGCAGGAACCGGCCUUCACGCUGCUCAAGUGGGUGUGGAGCCUCUACGCCCAGGACUCGAUCCUCGACGCCGCGGACCCGCGGCUGAGGACCGGCGGCGACGCCGAAGACGAGCAGCAGAUGGAGCGUGCCCUGGUCGUGGGGCUCUGGUGCGCGCACCCUGACCCGGCAGAGCGACCGUCCAUGGCGCAGGCAAUGCACGCGCUGCAGUCGCCGGACGCGAGGAUGCCGGUGCUCUCGCCGCAGAUGCACAAGCAGGGCCCGCCAAUAAGCUUCGACUUGGGCGACAUACCCAGUAGUGUCCGCUCUUCAUCGGUCAUGUGA